ACACAAAGCUAUAUUGAAGAAACCUCCAUUGAUAGACGAUUUUAAAUUACUAAUUAUUUCAUGCAAUUCCGAUCUAAAGGCAAAGCUAGAAAAUUGUUUGGUUUUACCUGAUGUAUUAGAUGUAGUAAAAGGAGAGUGUUCAUUGACUGAUAUUAGUCUAUUGGAAGCUAUAGUUGAAGAAUUUGAAGUCGCUGAAGCUGAGAGAUACAUUGAACAAUACAAGACAACACUGGAAGGGUUUUGUCAGUCAAUGUCAAUUGAUCUUUGCUUGAAGGAGAAGUUUGAUGCUGUCAAUACAAGUCCUUCUCUUAAAUGUGAAUCAGCAACUUACGUCUUUGACUGGAGACCUGAUGAGAAGAAAUUGAAAGACAUUACCGAUAUUCUUUCCAAAACGUCUGGUAAAUUUGUGAAGAUAAAGUAUAUUGAUACUGGAUACUCCAUUGUGGUCACUUGCUCCUUCCCUCACUCUCUCACUGGAGCUCUCGUUAUAAAAUUGAGUGAGAAUCUUGAAUUAUUAAUAAAGAAUGGUCUAAUAAAGCUUACUGUUGGAUACUACACAAUAUGGAAGAAACAAAAGAUACAAGAAAUACAGGAACCACUGGAAGAGGAGGUACAGGAGAUAAAGAGACAACCUCAUGAUACAAAGAGACAGAAAGAACUUAAAGAAACUGCAAAUCAACUAACAAAGAUGCUUAGUGAAAAAGAAAAGGAACUAAAAAAAAUGAAGGAAAAAAUACAAGAACUGUCAUUAAUAAAGGAAACUAAGGAGGAUCAAUAUGAAGAGGAAUUAAAGGAAGUAAUAGAAGCAAUCAAAGAUUUAGAAGAGAAACUACAAA